UUUCUUUUUCCAUUCUCUCGUGCACUCAUCUUCGUCUUCUCGGUCCUGUUGCUGCUGCCAGGGUUGGGGAGUGAUCAAAGCAUUGCCCUGCUGUUUGUCUUCAGAGCGGUCUCGAAAGUCUUCCCGGUUUUGUUCAUUUGUUUCAAUCACCUACGAUUAUCAAUACUUGUCUAUUGUAUUAUUCAACAGUUUGUAAAAGUGUUGAAAAUGAUUACCAACAAAAUAUUAAUAUUCAAGUGGAAUGUAUAAUUGAAACGUUUUUAUUAUUAUCUUAUAAAAAUUAUUCAUCAACUUACCAGGAUGGUUAAUUCAUUGAAACAAUCACGUGAUAUUUUCAAGUUUCUUCAUCAACUAACAAAAGCUUUUGAUUUGUGAAUGUGUUCAAGAUGAAGAUCAAAAUUGAUGACAAGUAUUCAUCAGUGAAUUAAUGUCCAACUAUUGGUAUUAAUAACAGACUUACUCGGAUCAUUUAAAUAAAAUUAAAUUGACAAUUAGUUUAAAUCAAGUCAAUCGAAUGGAACCAUGGAAACACCUGAGGACAGUACAUCAAUAGAAGGAAAAGCAGGACCAUCAAGUAGUGAACCCAAUUCAUUAGAUGAUGCUGUAGGAAAGCUUCUCCAAGGUUACAACUGGACACUAUUGCCAGUGACAUCACGAGCAGGAGGACGUCGGAGUGCACAUGUCAAGCGACCAAUGAAUGCUUUUAUGGUCUGGGCCCAGGCAGCAAGAAGAAGACUUGCUGAUCAGUAUCCUCAGCUUCAUAAUGCGGAGCUGUCAAAGACUUUGGGAAAACUCUGGAGGAUUUUAAGCGACGGUGAAAAACAGCCAUUUAUUGAAGAAGCUGAAAGACUGAGAAAUGCACACAAAAAACAACAUCCACAUUAUAAAUAUCAACCACGUCGUCGGAAGCCGAAGACAGAAGAACAAAUAAAUAUCCUGGCGCAUCGUAACUCGUUACAAUCUUCCGUAUCCCUUGACUCAGCAAGUUCUUCGGAUUGUAGUUACAGUCGGCUUUAUCCCGAAACUCCCAGCAAGUCAUACGACCGUUCGUUGACUUAUUCCGAACCAAACAAACAUUUUGAACUCUCUAAAUCGUAUAUGGAAACUUUCAAGUAUCCCGAUCUUCAAAAUCGACCUUAUGAAACUCUUCCCAAGUACGAGCUGUCAGCUAAAACUUAUCCUGAUCCUAAAUGUCAUGAUCUCCAGAACCCGAAGUGUUCUGAUAGCAGUCCAAGGUAUUCAGAUCUCCAGGCUAAGAGUUAUGAAUCUUUGCCUAAAUAUACAGAGCCCAAAAAUUACUCGGAAAGUUUCAAGUAUCCAGAAGUUACGAACAGUACUAAAUCUUAUACCUAUGUGCAUGGCCAGUAUUAUCCUGCACCUGAAACAUAUUCAGUACAUGAGGAAAAUGAUUAUCAAAGUCAGAAUAUGACUACUCAUACUUUUUACCCAUAUAUUUCUGCUUCAAUGGCGCAAUCUCCUUAUUACAUGGGACCUCGAUAAAACAACAAAGAAAAACUGACAUAGUUUGCAUUUUUAUCAUGAGGUGAAGUUUAUUAUGGCAGCUAAUUAUUCUUUUGCUUUAUCUGUACAGUGGUAAGAAGGAAAAAAUAUUGAUUGUGUUAGAGUUAAUUAAAGUUAAGUUUAUUUGAUAAUUUAUCUGCGUGUAAAAAGUAAUUAAAUCAUUUUUUUCU